UUAGUCAUUACACAAAAAAUGAGAAUACAGGGUCAGGAUUGUUGUACAUUUUCUCCUCAAUGCAGCCAGCUUUCUGCAGUGGUCUCAUCUAACCCGCAUUUACUGAAUGUCAAUAGUAGGAAGGAUAACUUCUUAUUGGCACAAGCUUGUUUGAUGCCAUAUGCAAUGCUGCCUUGCUAUUACUACAUUAUCUCGUUGAAAUAUGGUUAUGCUGUCGCGCAUGUUGUGUCAUCCGAUGGUGUAACCCUAGGCGGAGUUGCCAUGAUUCUCAAAAUCGGUAGUCUUAUGGAGGCUGAGGUUCCGUGCUCUGUUUCUCUUUUCCUUAACUGCCGCCCUCCCCGAAUACACUCUUUAUUUCUUGGUUGUAUAUAUCGACCGGCCGCCCUUUCUAGAACAGAAGUGCCAGAUGUGGGGGGGAUUAGAGGGAUGGGGGUACAGUUGCAGGCCUGGCCCGGAACGAAACUGGCAUUUAGUGUUGGUAAUAGAGAAAAGGGCUUGUAA